ACCCCUCCCUCUCCCUCCUUUCCUCCCUCCCUCAUUCCCGGCACUGCAGUGCUGGUUGGGAAUGCAUACACGGGCGCGCACUCACACACACACACACACCACACGCGCGCGCACACACACACACACACACACGUUCCCUCACAGUGGAGUGGAGCUGAGAGGCAGGGACUGCAGCAGCAUGCACCAGCCGCGUCUGAUCUGUGUGGGGACAUGAGGAAUGAGGAUGGGGAACUGGGAAGACGAUGUAGUGUAGCAGUGUCUUACACAGCCCAACCCCCGUGCGUCUGCUAGCUACAUCUUUCCUCUGCAGCAGUGGCAACGGUGCAUUUCAAGAGCGGACAGCUUAUGUUAUCUGCCCGCCUCUGCAUUCGUCCCUUUCACUCUGCUCCUCCCACUCCGCCUCCGCCUCCUCCCGACCACGGCAUCGUUAGGCAGCACUACGGACAUCCGGGAUCGCCAGCGCUCAUUGCUGGACGCCCAGGUCUGCCCUGUCUGAAGGAGUCAGGCUACACUAGAACAUCACCGCCUCCGUUGACAACCGAAUACCUGCAGCGCUCCGGAGACAAGGAUACAAAACAAAUCCUCCCUCAAAAACAAAAAAAAAGAAGGAGUGUUGGAUGUUUGUGACGUCCUUUGUCGGCGAUCUUGGACCAUUGGCCCGUUUCCUGUAUUUGGUUGGUUGUUUUUGCCUCCUCUGAGUCAGGCUAACAGGCACUGCAGCACCAGGAAGGACUGCAGGAGCCGUGAAGCAGCAGGGCAUGAGGACCCAGGGGUGAGCCAGCGGAAGGGCUUGUGCUACCAUUACCGCCGCCGCUGCUGUUGAGCUGAGUGAUUAGGGACAGCAGGUAAAGGAAAAGAUGCUUAUGGGUGCGGGACGAGACACGGCGCGGGAUGAGGCCCAGAAGCUUCAUAGGAAGUGGCUGAAGCAUCAGGCCUUCAUGGCCGAGCUGGCCCGCAACAAAGAAUGGCUGGCCAAGAUAGAGCAGGAGGGUCAGGAGCUGAUUGACGAGAAGCCGGAGCUCCGUUCGGUGGUGCAGCAGAAGCUGGAGGAGAUCAGGGAGUGCUGGACAGACCUGGAGAGCACCACCAAAGCCAAGGCCCGUGCCCUGUUUGAGAACAACAAGCCAGAGCCAGUGGUGAAAAGCUAUUCAGAUCUGGACCACCAACUCUCUGGUCUGGAAAAACAGCCCCCCCAACUGGAGCAGGCUCACCACCUGCCUACUUUCAAUGAGCAACUACAUAAAUUCCAGUCUCAGAUGGGGGACUUGUACAAGGAUGUGGGGGAAACAGGGUCCCUCCAGGGGUUAUUCCUCCCCCAGCAAGGCAGUCUGGUGAGGGGCGGUGAGGGAGAAGGGGACGAGCAGCCAGCCGUGGAAGAGACCCGCAUUGUGCGCCUCAUCGAGCCCCUGAAGGAGAGGCGUCGCAUCCUGCUAGCUUCCAAGGAGAUGCACCAGGUCGCCCAGGACCUAGAGGAAGAGAUACUCUGGAUCCAGGAGCGGCUGCCUCUGGCGUCCUCUAAAGAUUACGGCAACAACCUUCAGAGUGUUCAUCAGCAUGUCAAGAUCAACCAGACGCUGCAGAGGGAUCUUCAGGGGCGUCGGGCACGGGUGGAGGAGGUCUUGGACCGGGCUGGGAUCAUUGCCUCUCUGCGGACCCCCGAGGUAGACUUUGUCCGUGAGGGAGCAGGGCACGUGCGUCAGCUGUGGGAGGUACUGACGUUGGAGGCGGAGAGGAGGUCUGUGAUGCUGGAUGUGGUGCUACAGGCCCAGCAGUACUACAGUGAGGCAGCCAAGGUCGAGUCCUGGCUGGCAGGCCAGAAACUGCACCUCAUCAAUGAGGAGAAGGGCACGGACGAGGCGAGCACACUGCAGCUGCUGAAGGAGCACUUGGCCUUGGAGGCGACGGUGGAGAACUAUGCUGAGACAGUGGGCAUGCUCUCCCAGCAGUGUCAGCGACAGUUGGAGCUGGGGCAUCCAGACAGUGAGGGGAUCACCAAGCAGCAGUCGCACAUAGACCGUCUGUACGUGUCGCUAAAGGACAUGGUGGAGCACAGGAAGAACAAGCUGGAGCAGCAGUACUGGAUGUACCAGCUUAACAGGGAGGUGGAGGAGUUAGAAAAAUGGAUCACUGAGCGGGAGGCUGUCGCCAGCUCCACUGAGCUCGGCCAAGACCUGGAGCAUGUGACGAUGCUACAGGACAAAUUCACCAAGUUCUGCUCAGAGACCAACAGCAUAGGCCAGCAGAGGAUGGAGCAGGUAAAUAAGAUGGUGAAUGAGAUGAUAGACUGUGGCCACACAGAUGCGGCCACUAUCGCUGAAUGGAAGGACGGGCUGAACGAGUCCUGGGCUGAUCUACUGGAGUUAAUGGAGACCCGAGGACAGAUGCUAGCAGCAUCACAGCAGUUGCACAAGUUCUUCACUGACUGCAAAGAGGUCUUGGCACAAAUUGCGGGAAAGAUGAGGCAGCUGCCAGAGGUCAGGGCGUGCCAAGCCAGCAUUGCCAACCCUGCUACCCUGCAGAGGCUUAUGCACUCCUUUGAGCAUGCCCUCCAGCUCCUCGUCUCACAGGUGAGGCAGCUGCAGGAAAACGCUGCCCAGCUGAGGACUAUCUAUGCUGGAGAGAAGGCUGAGACUAUCAUGAACAAGGAGCAGGAAGUUAUGUCAGCAUGGAAGGAGCUGUUGGUUUCCUGUGAGGCCAGUCGUGUACAAGUUACCUCUGUGACAGACAAGGUGCAGUUCUUCUCUGUGGUGCGGGAGCAUCUCAUGUGGAUGGAAGGCAUCAUGGGACAGAUUGGAGGGGAUGACCCCAGGGAUUCGUCCUCUGCGGAGGAGAUGAUAAAACAGCAUGGCGAGCUGAAAGCCAAGAUGGAUGGCCGAAGUAAGACCAUACACCAAUGUGUGGAGCUUGGAAAGAUCCUGUUGGCCGCAGGCAACCCAGCAGCAGAGGAGAUAAAGGAGAAGUUGGACGCACUCCUGGCCAAGCAAAAGGAUCUCUCUGAGAGAUGGGACAAACACCAGGAGGAGCUACAGCGCAAGAAGGAUCAGUUCCAGUAUGCCCAGGAGACAGUGAAGGCAGAGGCCUGGCUGAAGGCCAAGGAGCCCCUGAUCACCUCCAGCUCAACAUCCAGGGGAGCCGGGGUGGCAGGAGAGGCCCAGGCCCAGACCGACGAGGUGGAGCAGCUCAUCCUCCGCCAUGAGGCCUUCCGCAAAGCUGCAGCCACCUGGAAGGAACGUUUCAGCUCACUGAGACAGCUCUCAAAUGCCGAGAAGCUAAGAGAAGAACAGAGCAGCAAGCCUGCCCCAACACCACUUUCUAGUCGGAGGAUGUUCCCAUCGUCUUGUCUCACUCCGACCGUUCCCCUUGCUACCUCAACUCUGCUGAGGCAGACGGUCCAGGUGCAUAUUGAGCCUAGGCCCAAGCAGACUAGUCUAGAAAUAUCUGCCUCUCUCUCCUCUCCAGUCCAAAGGCUGGGCUCCACCAUGUCCAGCUACACCCCUGUCAUGAAUGGCUCCGGCUAUCACGGACUGGACCAUCAGAGCAGCAGUGGAUUGGAGAGUUCCAACUACCCCGGGAUGAAUCCUCAGGCUGGUGGAGGUGUGGAGAGCAGCGUGAGUUAUCUAGGAGCAAACCACCAGACUGGCUCCCCACCAGUGGAUAGUUCUGGCUACCAUGUACUAAGCCAUCAAAGCAGUGGGAGUAGUCCAGGCUACCUACCUCAAAAUCAAAGUAGUGGUGGCUCAGGCUACCUGUUGCAAAACCAAGGUAGUGGAGGAAUGGGCAGUUCGGGCUACCUUGCGCAACAUCAAGGUAGUGGAGGAAUGGGCAGUUCAGGCUACCUUGCGCAGCAUCAAGGUAGUGGAGGAAUGGGCAGUUCAGGCUACCUUGCGCAAAACCAAGGUAGUGGAGGAAUGGGCAGUUCAGGCUACCUUGCACAAAACCAAGGUAGUGGAGGAAUGGGCAGUUCAGGCUACCUUGCGCAACAUCAAGGUAGUGGAGGAAUGGGCAGUUCAGGCUACCUUGCACAAAACCAAGGUAGUGGAGGAAUGGGCAGUUCAGGCUACCUUGCGCAACAUCAAGGUAGUGGUGGAAUGGGCAGUUCAGGCUACCUUGCACAACUUCAGGGUAGUGGAGGAAUGGGCAGUUCAGGCUACCUUGCGCAGCAUCAAGGUAGUGGAGGAAUGGGCAGUUCUGGAUACCUGGCUCAAAGCGGUGGGGGUAUGGGUAGUUCUAGCUAUCUGCCUCAAAGCGGUGGGGUCAUGGAUCCCAAAAUGGCAUACGCAUGGCAGCAUCUGAAAGUGGACUUCAUGCAGCCCAGGAUCAACCAUAUCCACAAGGCUGUCAACCCCUUACUUGAGGCCAGCAGGGCACAGAGGGAACAGUUUGGAGACAUCCCCAUGGUGGACACGAUCGGACCAGAGUCUGGCCUCGAUCUCCUUCACGGCAGGCUCCAAAGGGAUCCCCGUGGCAGCCGCUCUGACCCCCAGAUGGACCACCUGAGGAGGGAGAGGGAGUACAAGCUGGGCCGGCAGACCUCUAGUGAACAGGAGAUCCAGGCCAGACUGAACGAACUGCCACUGAUCGUGCGUCAGGAACGCUACAGGCGCCGCCUCGAGAGGCAGUCCUCUAGUGAGCAGGAAGGCAGUGGGAAGGCAAGGACACCGAGGCAGGACGACUCCAGUGAUAUGGAGUCAGCCAAGGAAGGGUCCGACAAACGCUCAACAGAGAAGAGGACCACCACUAUGGCUGAGAUUGUGGAGCAGGCCCAAGAGAGAGAAGCAGCACAAGCCCGAGGGGAAACGUACCGGCCCACUAGCAGCCUAUCAGCGCCCAUUACCUAUGAGCGCCCACGCGCCCGAGACCGCCCGAAACCACGCAGAAGACCCCGCCCAAAAGAGCCUGAGGAGAAGCGUCGCUCUCGCUCAGCUCCAGCCCAGAGUCCAGCGCAGCUCAUGCCACCCUCACACACUGCCCAUAACGAAGGCUUCCUGUAUCGUAAACAUGACUUUGAGGGUCAGCAGAAGAGUCCCAAUAGUAAAUCCUGGGUGAACUUGUAUUGCGUAUUGUCUAAGGGAGAGAUGACAUUCUACAAGGACGCCAAGAGCACCACCACACCUUACAAUGACGAAACUCCACUUGACCUGAGCGUCUGUAUAUGUGAUAGCACCAUAGGAUACAAGAAGAAGAAAAAUGUCUUCGUUAUCAAGAAAAAUGACGGCAAUGACUAUAUUUUUCAUGCAAAGGAUGAGGAAGACCUGAAGGCUUGGGUCACCAGCAUCACUACCAGUAUAACUGAGCACGAGGAGAUUGCCAAGUGGGACAAGCCCACCACCUCAUCCACUGAUCCUGACCGCUCGGAGAGGAAAGAGAAGUCUGAGGGUGAUGCGGAUGCCAGGUCAGAAAGGUCUGAGAUGGGAGGAGAGGUGGAGGAGGAGGAGAGGUCAGAAAAAGAGAGGUCUGAGAAAGGAGAGCGGUCCGAGAAGACUGGAGAGGGCUCUGAGAAGGCAGAAACAUCGGAAAGGGGUGAGAGGGCAGAGAGAGGGGCAGGAGGCUCCAGCACGUCAGGGAGGAGUAAAUGAUCCCUGAUGGGUGGAGGAGUGGACUGCAUCCAACCACCUAACCCUUCCAUCCUAACCUUACCCUUCUACGCCAGACGAUGGUGAGCAAGAGAAACGGAGGGAGAUUGUGUACAUUUCUGUGCAUUUCUUCUCUCUUCUGUCUCUCUCUAUGUAUCUCUGUUUCUUCCUCUGUGACAUCCUUGAGCCUUGGGUCCUUGGCCUGCAUAAUAUUAACUGUGACAGAUGGGUCUUUCAGCCCUUCCCCCAGACAAAAUACAUCAAUGCUUGCAUUGCAUUGUGGCCCUUGCUGGUAGGUUGGAGGAUGGCGGAAACAAACCAGCACCACCAUGUGGUCACAGGUAUUCUUCACAGUCACAACUCAUUGAUCAUUUAUCUCUCGGAUUCACAGCAUCUCUCAGUAUAUAUAAUAUACCUAUGACUGACUAUAUAAUGCUCUGUCUAGAACAAACCAAGCAGUGGCGAAUGAAAUGUCUCAAUAUUUUGAAAAAGCUUUUUUCUGAAGCAAUAUACUUUUUUAUUUCUUCUCUUUGUUUGAGAGAGAGACUGAAAAGAGACAGUUGCUUAUGAUUAAUUCUAUGAUUGGUCACAUUCAUCAUCAGCUUGUUUCUGGCGCAGGUCAGCAGCACCUUAAACACUUCCAUUACAUUUGUGUAUACUCAGCAUUAUGACAUUUCAAACCCACCUCAUCGCUCUCUCUGAGUCAACUUAUUGUGAUGGAAUGUUACCCACUUGUGUUAAUAAUUGAAUUUAACAACAUGUUUCUCUUUUGAACUUUUGAAUUAAUUGUACACAGGCUCAUGCCAUGUCAGGAGAGGGUUACCAACUCCAAGAGUCUAUUCGAGAAGGCAUUGUCUAUCUUAACCCUCUUUUAGUGCCAGGCCUGUGUCUACAUCCCACUUGCUAAACCAACCAACCAUGGCAUGAUGUAGUAUAGUGCAGCUUUUACUUUAAUGCUUUCAUGUUCUUUAUGGUCUUGAGAAGUUCACCAGUUCUGGAAUUAAUUCUGCAGUUUAUUUAUUCCACCUAAAGGAAGGAAGUACUGGGUAAAAUGAUAACAUUCUGGAAUACUUCUAGCAUCCUUAGGAAAUGUCUUACAAGGUGGUAAGAAGGUAUAUUUUGGCAACAUGGCAGAGAAAAUUCUCUACAUUACAAUCCCCAACCAGUCACAUGCUAUUUGAUCUGAGAAAAAAUUAGAAGCGUUAUAACCUCAUUGCUGUUUUAUUAUAUUAAUGCAAUAUUUCAUAGGAAUUGUAAUGGUUUCACUAGUGACAAUACAGUAGUAACAUUAACAUUAGAUGGACCGCAGAAAAUAUAAGAAACUACUACGCCCUCCCUGUUUUGUUUCAUUCUGAGAUUAAACAAACAGAAAAGUAUUGUCAGUCAGAAGUGGAUUUAUGGAAAAUUGUUCUGAUCUAGUAAUUAAAUUGUACAUAUCUUUGUUUGUAUACUAAUAAAUCCUAUGCUCUAAUAAACCGAGUACCAUCAAAUGAAUUGGGUAAGAAUAAAACAUUUCUGUUAAUUUGCACAAAUAUAAUGGGGAAAAAUACAUCUGUCAAUUACGAUAUUACUGUUUUGUUUAUUCAAUUUUAAUUAAACAAUAUGCAAAUUAGGAGUCACUAUCAAAGGAUAGUGCAAAUACUGUAUACCAAUAUCAAGUUCCAUUUUAAAAGUGAAAAAAGUGCAUAUUGUCUAUUUUGUUUAAUUAAUCACAUGGGUUUGCUGUCAACUGUUUUGUCUAUUAGCUGAUCCUGUCGGCCAAUUUAAUUAUCAGAACAGUCAUGUGAGUAAUAGGCCUUCACCACAUUACUUGAACUGGUUAACUGGCUAAAAUGAUAAACAACUUGCUAGCUUAAAUGCUAGUUUACAACAAUCUAAAAAAGAAUUUGCUUAAACCUCAGCCAUGUUAUUAAUUAUAAAUAUAUAUUAAUAAGAAAAUGAACGAAAACAAAGAAAUUGAUGGUUUAGUUGGUUUAGGACUGUACCCCUACAAUAUUAAUCCUCAAUAACCUGCCUAGUUUGACUGAAUCUCUAUAUGGCAUUCUGAACUUUACGUUUGGAAUGGAAUUUAUUAAUUAUGUUUACAUGUAUCUUUUAUCUUAUUCCGUAAUGCCCCAUAUUAUGGGCCUACCAAAUCAAAUGUCACUGCUUAAAUUGGUCAUAACCAAGUUUGUAUUAGUCAUAACCAAAUAUGUAAAAACCUUGUCAAGCCUUAUCCCCAAAAGACUGGAAACUAGUAUAUAGAAAAAUGAAUUAAUUUCUCACUACAGACUAUUGCAUUUGACUCAGGAGGUAAAUACUGGUGCUCAUUGACUUUGGCAUUAAAGUGUUAUGACACAAGCAACAGUCUUUAUUCUAACUGCAGCUUGAUGAUUAGACAGUUAAGUUAUUGGUAAGACUUGAACAUUUCAUUAUGUGUGUUAUGUUUUCUUUAGGUUAUGUGUUGUAGGUUUAUAGCCAACUGUUUUUAAGUAGCUUUUUCCCCAAGAAUUGAGCCUUUCAUUACAAUACAUAUUUAUUUGAUAAAGCCUGCAUCAUACUGUGUGUCUAAGAAAUUGCUGUCUUUCUUAAAUGAUAAUCACCUAAAAAGUAUUUUUUUAGCAUUUAUUUCCCAGAGUCUCUAAAUGCCCUUUAAAUGCUAAGUCUGAUUGUGUGGGCAUUAGGAAAGAAAACACUGCCCUGAUUGGCUGAAUGGCCUAGAGUAGAGCAGCGGUUCCCAACCUCUUAUAGUUACUGUAAUACCAACAGAAUUUUGCUCAGCCAAGAGAACCCAAUCAUGUGCAUUUUACCAGAAAGCCUAAGGUUUCGUUUGUCUUCUGAAGUACCCAUUUGGUACUAUUAGGAGUCCCAAUACCCCUGGUUAGGAAUCAGUGUUCUAGAGCCCACCUGCUUACGCAAAUGAAUGGUCUGUGUUUUAACCAGAUCAGACUGAGCCACAAGUUCUAUUCCACCUGGACAGUUCAAAAUUCUAGCUAGUUGUUUCUUGAUUGCCCCUUGAAAAAAUAGAGGCCAUCUCCCAUAGAAUUACAAAUUAUAUGCUUAUAAUUUGUUCGUUCUAUUUUUACAUUCUUCACAUUAACACAACAACACCUACACAACAAAUAGAUUUAAACAUUUAUAUCUACUGAAUAUAAAGAAAUACUACACUACCAACUUAACAGAAAUACGAAAAAUCCAAAUACCCGCACGUAGUACUACUAUCUACUACUAUCUACUAAACACUCAGAAGAAAUACAAUACCUGAUAAACACAUAAAUUCUGUAAUACAUAAAAACACACAGAAACAAGGUAAAUUAACACUCCUAAAAUGAUGUCUAGUGUUGUUUUUUUUUUGUGUGUCUUUGAUGAUAGUAUGACAAUAUAACAAUGAUAUCUGUAUCUUGCUGCUAUGACAUUUUCUCAAUGUAAAUCUACUUAACUGAUGCAAAAUGUACACAAACACUGGUUUUUGGUUGACACAAAGUUGUUAAGUCAAGAGUUUUUGAAAAAGUAAUCAUCCACCAACCUCCAAAGAUCACUAGAUAGAUGUAGCCACUCAAUGAUUUAAUACAUCAGAUUCAGAUUUAGUUGAGAUUCCUGUUGGCAAUUUUACUCAGAAGUAGAAUUUAUAAAUAUGUACGUACAUACAUUUUAUUUGGCAAAUAAGGUUCUGGACAAGGGUAAAUUCUCUUGAUUUUGAUUGGGUAUACAUACUGUCAUUAUACACCUCAUACAUAAUCAUGUGUUAGCAUAGACAAAGAUUUGAUUCCUGAACUUAAUACAUAUGACCAACGUUUGUGCUCCAUGCUGCAAUCUCCACUUAUUAAUGACUGUGCAUUUAUAACAUGGAGCAAAAUGUCAAGUGGCAUGACUGGUUAUGUCAGGUGUCAUGAUGACACACUUUUAUAUCGGUAGGCAUAGCAAUUUGCCUAUCAAGGCAAAUUUGCUGAAGGCAUAAUGAUACUUAUGCAUACACCUUCAACUAAAGCAUUCCCUGUAUUUAACCAAGUCAUUUGUUUAAUUUUUUUAUAAGAAGAUAAAUACUGACAAUGUCUUCCACCUUGUAGUAUUCAUGAGGCCAUCUUGGUGUAUAGUAAAUUGAACCACAUAGCUCUGACAAAAGAACGGAUAGACAACAAUUGAAGGGCUGGUCUUUAAAAACAAUUGCGUUUUCUGUUUAGAGGGUCUGUGUAUUAUUUGUUCAUUGGUUUAUUCCUUCAUAUUAGGAUUUAGAGAAACAGGAAUUAUCUGUAAAUGUUUGUUUUGUUUGAUUACAUUUUUUGUAAAAACAAUAAUGUUUUUUUCUAACACACCUCUUUAUUUAUUUUUUAGGUGUUGAAUAAGAGAAAACAAAUAACAACCAAAUAUUCACUAUUUUUCUUUUUCUAUUUAUAUUGAACUCCAAUCAGGAAGUGGAAAAACAAGAAUGGAUAAUCUAAGGUUUGCUUUUAGAAAGUUAUGAGUGAUAAUUGGGUAUACAUUUGGUCUCCAUAUUGGUUUAAAAAAGGAAGCAGAUAAUAUAUCUUGUUUUUCAUUAUUAUUAUUUUAUAUUGUUUUGUUCAUUCAUACCUAAAAGUAGACACUCCUAUUAAAAUAUUAAUGAUACAUAGAUAGGGGAGUUUUUUGUUUACAAUCUGUGCUAAACUGUAACUGUACAGUCAGCAGCACAGAGAAAGUGAAUAAAGUUGUCUUACAUUAAGGUUAGAUGGUUUAACAGUAGUACUGGUGCUCACAACGUUUUUGUCUACUGAAUAGCUAGCAAGCUCAUUAGCUAGCACCACCUAGCUAUUGUCUAUAGUCAUUACAUCUUUACGUUUUUACAAGAAGUACAUUAUUUACAUAAACUGCUACAAAAUUAAACUGCCCAGAAACAAGUACAUUGGGUCUAAUAGAGAAAACUCAUGGAGAAAACACAUGCGGCAUGUACCUUGGCUCUGAAAAGUAUUCACCCCCUUUCUACAUUUUAUUCUGUUAAAAUAUGAAAUCAAAAUGGAUUUAAUUAAACGGGGUGAAUACUUUUGAGAGCCACGGUAAUUGUUGCAUUAGCAAGUUACUUUUUGUAGGCAACUUAUCUUGCUAGACUAUAUAGCUGGCUUGUGACUUUUGACUUAUAAACAAUGAAAUGCAGUCGUUGUUAAAAGUAACCCAUCUAAGUAUUUUCUACAGGUUUUUUUUUUUUCUUGCUUUACUGCUAUUUUUUAUUUUUAUACCAUGGGACGAAAGCAAUAUGUUUGAAUAUAAUUUUUUGGGUGUACUUGAGUUGAACGUGUCAACUAUCACAUUCAAAGUAUAUAAUAAUUGGCCUGAAUGCUGAACUGCAAACAUAUGCAUUAUAUUUUCAUAUCAUUGACAUUAGUGAUGUAGUGUUUAAAAAGUUUACAAUUAUUAGCUUGUAAAGAAAUUACUUCCCUGGUCAUGGUUGUUAAAUAGAAGUGUAUUCUAUUUAAAAUGUAAUAAAAAAAAAUAUUUCUUCUGGUGACUAUUGUAAUUCUGUUACUUGAGGGGAAAUAAUCAAUACUUCACAAAUUUCCCCAGAUGUAAGUUCAUCAUUUUAAAAAUAUGUAUAUUUCUAGAGGUGAAAAUAAUUAAAUAUUAAAGACAUAUAUUGAGUAUGCUAUUUUAAAAGACAUAUUUCCCCCCUAUUUUGUUUACAAAAAAUAUAUUUAAUGUGUUCUUCUCAAAGGAAAGAUUUGGUACAGUAAAUGUUAAUAUUACAUUUGUUGUGUACUUUUUGGUAUAAAGAAAACAAAAGAUAAUAGUACACAAAAUAUUUUAUUAUCUGAUUCCUUUUUUAUAAACAAUUUCAAGACCAUGAACAAAAUAAAAAACACUAUAUCCAAUUUUCUUUCAUAACAUUGUAAAACCAAACACCUGAAAUUCGAAAUUCGUAUUUUCCACUUUCUAUUGCAAAUGAAAUAAACAAAAAAGUUGAGAUUGUUUCAUCAUUAUUUGUUUUCUGUUAUUCAACACCUAAUAUGAAAAUGUUAAAUAAGAACAAUAAAGGAGACAUUUCCUCUUUUGUGACUUCCUAUUUUGAAUGAACCAAUGAAUGAAAUUAAACAUGUAACUUAGAGUUAAUGAUGCUUCAGAUCAGUAUGCUUGAAAACUUUACUUUUAUGUUCAGUGUGUUGUUGCAACAUUUAAAAUAAAAUUAAGUCUGAUAAAGUUUUUUUAUAUUUGGAUGUUCUGGAUUCUUACCAAUUGCUGUUAAGCCAAACAUUCCAAAUCCUGAUGUGUUCUGUAUCAGGGUAGGAUGGACAAAAGACAAAACAUUCUAUUUUUUCAAAUGUUCAAGAUAAUUUUAAAGAUAAAAAUUGGAAUAAAAAAAUAAUAAAAAAAUACAAAUCUUGAACAAUUGAAAAAUUAUUUGAUAUAAAAAUAAUUAAUUUUAAGGGAAACAUAUUUACGGUUUAAUAGCUAUUGACAAAAGAACUGAAUAGCCAAUGAAAAUCCAAUAUAAAAGUUAUCUUGCUAAAUUUUGAUGCUGUAUUCUGUAGCCCCCUUAUAGCUGAUUUUUCAAAGGCUGAAGUUCAUCAGAGCUACUGGCAAAUUUCACGAGAGGCGCAAUGUGGAAAAUAAAAAUUCAUGCAACUUUUUUUUUGCACUAAAGCACUGCCCCAUUGCACUGUUUAAAAUGCUAGUGGUGACGCAGGGUUCUAUAAGAAAUAUACAUGUAUACAGUAUUGCACAAAGUCUGCACAAGUCAAUGUAUGUCUUUUAAGAAUGUACAUUUUAAUUCUGAUUUGUUUAAUAAAUAGACUGAAGUAACAUCUGCCAAUAUCUGUCUGUUGAAAUAUGAAAUAUUGUAUUGUCUCAUAAACUCUGUUCAUCCCUUA